UGUGUCAAAUUAUUGUGUCUGACUGUUAAAACGUGCAAAAUGUCAACGAAAAAAAGAAAGUUUACCGAAGAUUACGUUAAGUUUGGAUUUACCUGCAUAGAAAAAGACGAGUUACAAUUGCCUCAGUGUGUGAUAUGUAUGAAAGUUUUAAGUAAUUAUAGCAUGAAGCCCAAUCGCCUUGAAAGGCAUUUGAAGCAUCAUCACUCUACUCUGGUUUUGAAAACGAAAGAGUUGUUUUCUUCUAAAGCAGAAUCACUCAAGCGGAUGAGACUGGAUAAAUCGAGAAGUUAUCACACAGAUGUAUCGCAUCAUCUCAAAGCUUCAUUUGAAAUAGGUUUUAUGAAGCAAAAGCAAAAGAAACCUCAUACUAUCGGUGAAGAAUUAAUAAAACUAUGUGUCCAAAAAGUCUCGCAGAUAAUUUUAGGAGAAAAUGCAGAGCAAAAAAUGUAGUCUAUUUCUCUUUCGAAUAACAGUCAAAC